ACUACAUUUCCCAGAUAUCCUUGCGGUUUAAAUCACCAUCCAAGGGGUUUAUGGGAUUUGAAUGAAAGAUGUGAAUCGCUUUUACGCUGUUUGCUCCAGAUUUCGCUCAUAUUUAACUACAUUUCCCAAGCUUGUAGGAAUCUCAGACCGUUAACCGAAUGGCUCAUCUUUAGCUGAAGUGAAGAUAGGUUUUUCUGCUACAUUUUGCCGGCAAACGCCGGUGUUUAGAACAUUUUUUAGACCGCACGUGCGCAUGACCGUUACGUGAUUUGAAUCCCACUUUCUUGUUGAAGACUCCUUCAUGUCAUCCUUGCUUGGGCUCAGCAUGGCGCAGGAAGAGGAGGACGAUUACAGCCUGGAGGGGAAAUUCAGUGCCGCAGUUAAAGUGGUCCAGAGUUUGCCUGUGGAAGGUUCUUUCCAGCCUUCUGAUGACAUGAUGUUAAUGUUCUAUAGUUACUACAAGCAAGCCACUGCAGGACCCUGCAAUUUCCCCAGACCUAUUGGCUUUUGGGACAGCAACAGCAAAGCUAAAUGGGAUGCAUGGAGCUCUCUGGGAAACAUGACAAAGGAGGAAGCCAUGAAGAAUUACAUUGAAGCCAUCCAGCUGAUUUUGGAGACUGUACCGAUCUCAGAUGAGGUGUCGCAACUGGUUCAGAAGCUCGGUAAUUUCUACACCGAGGUCGACGGAGAUGACGUUGAAGAAAACGCAGUGGACAGCCGACCCUUCACCAGGCCAUUUGCAGAUCAUCAAGGCUUUGGGGAUCUUUGGGAUGAUAUACAAAACAUCCAGGAGGAGGGCACGGACAGCCCCGUGCCGAGUGUCAGCAGUGAGGAGGCAGAGGGAAGUAAAGAAAGUAGUCAUGUGGAGCAGGAUAGUGAUUGGAGGAUUGAGGACGAUGGAGAUGAAGACUUCAGUAUGAGCAAAGAGGAGGAAAUCAUAGAUUGGAAUCCAGACGCUCGGCUUUUAACGGUAGACAACAGAGGAUGGAGGUCUGGCGCCAAAGGCUCAGGCAGCAGUGUGGCGCCCAGCAUGUCCUCCUUCACCAACGGGACUCACAGCUCUCUCAACAGUGAGGUGGAGGAGGAGGAGCUCAUCUGUUCUAUAGAGCCUUGUGCACACUAUGAUCCUUACAUGCAGUUUAACGGAUGCUUAAGCAGUCACAUGGGUGUUGCCUCCGACAGGAACCAUCGAUCCACAGACUCUGAUAAUGAGGAAUUCUGUGACUCAAUGGAGCAUCUAGCAAUGGAGGAGCGGCUGCCUUCGUCCAGAGGACAGUCUCCUGGAUCAGGCGCUGCCACAGUGAGGCCAAAUGAUCUGUGGUUCGAGAGCAACACAACCCUGAAGGGUGCAGACGAUGAGGUUCUGAUUGUGUUUACACCUAGCAAACACAGCAACUCUUUGUCGAGAAGAGAAAACACAUCACUGUCACCGAAACCUCUGUGCAAGAGCAGAGAUGCUGCAUGUGGUUGUGAGCUGCAUCCUGUCAGAGCUUCUAGGGAAAACGUCAAUGAACAAAUAGCAGUGGCUCUGCUGAGGCUGCAGCGUGACAUGGCCAGCGCCCUGCACAGGCUGCACACUCUGGAGGAGCUGGCUCGGUCACAGGUGAAGGAACAGACGUCAAGGUCACCCUCACCAAGGCUGAAAGACUUUCAACUGGUUACACGAAAUAUCUUGUUUUUGAGGCCGUCUUGGUGGCCGUUUGACGUCUGUCCUCUCACAGCCGUUCUGACUGUAUUCUGGCCUCUAGUUUCCCAUUGGCUUGUCAAGCUUUAUCUACAGCGUAGAAGAAGGAAAAUUCCAUGAAGAGUUUGACGGCUAAUAUCACUUGAAGAUACACUUUCAUUCUGUUGUGGCUUUAUGAGCCUCAACCACAGAUGGAAUGCAAUCAGGCUGAAACAGGAAAGCCUCAUAGAUAAAGAGAGAUAAGUGAGAAAGCUUGGAAAAGAAAGAGACGGAAACAUUAUGUAGCAAUUUUACUUGAAGAUGAUGUUUUAGGUUUUUUUAAAGAACGUAUUUAUUGAAGUUGACAGUGUAGCAUGAGCUGCUGAUCAUAUAAGCAGAUUUAGAUCACAGCUUUGAGAUUUAUAUAAUUCAAGACUGAAGACUCAUCAUUAGAAAUUGUCUUUAGAGGUUAGAAGAUGGGAAAUUUUCAAAUUGAAUUAGUAAAUUGUUUUAUUUAUGUGAAACUAAGUUUCCUGUUUAUUAUUUAAACAUUUAUUUUUUAAUGUUUUAUUUAAUUCAGGGUAAUUUUUGAAGACCAAAAAAAAGGUUUAUUAAACUGCUUGUUAUGUUUAAAAGUUAAAUUGCUUAUUAGAAUUUUCUCAAGUUAUAAACAAUUGUGCUUUUACUUAAGUUACAGUAUGUCUGCAAAACUCAGGGCCUCCGAGGAAUGACGUAUCUUGAAAAUAAGACAUGCAUCCUGGAGGAUUUUAGAUGGGACUAAAGAUGUAAUAGAAAAUAUAAGCCAAAUAAAGUGGUAGCAAAUAACCUAGUGUCAUUAAAAUGAUCAAAAUCAAUAGAAAAUAUAUACAUAUAUAAUAUUUAAAAAAUAAAAUUUUGCAAAAGUUGCACAUGCAUUACAUUGCUAGAAAUGUUAGAGGGUAGCAGCUUGUCUUUGUAUGGUUUGGUGCUGUCCAUGUCAGUUUUAGGAAAGUUUGCUGUUUAUUUGUUUCUACCUUUAAAGGAAAAAUAAAGAGAAACAAUACUACUAUGGCAUACAUUGGGAAGAAUAUUGUACAUUUUACACAAACUUACAGUUAUCUAAAUUGUUAAGCUUUAGGUAAGAUACUAAGCAAAUAUUAUAAUACAAUAAAAUGCUUAUGAAAAAAA